CACUACAGCUCCACUAGCACUUACUACUUUCUCUGAAAGCUCAGCAAACCAGUGAAGCUGAUCCUUUUGCAUUUCUUACCUAUUUAUUACACUUGCAAAUGGCAUUUUUACCCAGAGCCCUUCCUCUGCUGCUGCUUGCAGUAGUUUGUAUUCAACUGAGUGGAGUUCUAGCUGACGGACCUGACAGGUGCUGGUGUUUGAACACUUUGAAGAAGCGUGUCCCGAAAGAAGAUAUUGAAGAGUUUUCUAUUUUCCCCAAAAGAUCAAAGUGUGAGAACACUGAAAUCAUACUGACACUGAAACCAGUGAAUCACAAAACUGAUGGCGUCCAGCGCUGCUUGAGUCCAGACACAAAACAAGGCAUUAACCUGCAGCUUUGCUGGAACAGGAAGAACGUCAACAACACCUCCACAUUAAAGAUAUCCAACUGCUUCUAAAGCCAUAAAGAAAGUGCAGAAGAGCAUGGGAGGACAGAAGGGGGGAUCUGGAAACUCUAGAAAUCCAGAGAGUGGAAUUCUAUCCUGUCACAUGACCCGCACUGGCCAAUUAGAAUCCUGGGAUUUGAGUGUUGGCCUCAUGCAGCUGAUGGGAAAUCACAGAAGCCCUGAAAACACCCGGAGCACUGCCAGUAACCGCCGGACGCAGAUGUUGUCAGCAAAAGCCUUUGGAUUGAAUCCACUUGCUGAAUGACUGAAGCACUGAAUGUAUCAUUACUCCACGCAGUAUUUAAAUCACUGUAUUUAAAUAGGUUUAUAAAUUAACUUAUUUUAUAAUGCUAAAAGUGUUGAAAAUGUUUUACUUUUACUAUUUUUGUCUGACCAGGCCCUGUUUGAUGUGUUAGGACUGACGGAUUCACAUUACAUUAUUUCCUUGACAUGAAAUUUUAUAACACAUGAAGUAUAUUUUCAGGCGACUUAACAAUAUUUUUAUAAUGCAGGCGACUUUUGUACUGUUUUGUAAUAAAAGCCAGUUUCAAGUCA